UCUCCCAUCUUGUCCUUCUGUUAUUGCCUCCAUCUCCUCCCCCUCUUUAGAUUCCCUCUGCGUCUCCAGUUGCUGCGCUGGCAUCUGGCUCCCGGCUCUGGCUCCAGCAGACUCCCAUUGCGUCACGUGGGCAGAAGGAAAGUAGCUCUCCAGAGCUGACUGCAGUUUUGGUAAAGAAACCAGAUGUGCGGGAUUGGCAGCAUCCAUGACUGUCUUCUUUGACAACGUUUCUCGCUCUUGGAGUGAAGAGCCCCAUAAGGAUGGGCGGAGGGGAGGAACCCCUCAAACAGACCUAUAGAUAGGCAGACAGACAGGAAGUCCACCUGCAGUCCAGAAGGACACUGAUCCGUAACCCAGGUCAUGAUGAGGAGGGUCCACGUCAAGGGGGAUGUGCUAUGCACCCUGCUGCUGCUGGUGGUGCUUUGUGCGCUGCUCUAUGCCCACCAGGGCCUCAGCCCCUCCUGGGAGUGGAGCCUCCAGCUGUCCUCCCCCAGCUCCAGAGCCCUGCUGGGAGCACCGUCGGACCCUCAAGGGGGCGCACGGCCCCCCUCCAAACCCUCAGACGCCCCCCCGCGCUGCCAGCCUGACGCCCAGACCAGAAACAAGCCCCAGGCCGCGUCCAAGCCCAAACAGGCCAAACCCAAAGUCCAGUCCAAGGCCAAGUCUCCGGGGAAGUGGAAGGGCAAAAAGGGGGCGCCAACCAAGCCUUCGGCUGCUGCUUUGCCCACCAGGCCUCCCUUUGACUUCCAGGCCUACCUGAGAGAGAAGGACCACAGGAGCUUCCAGCUCCUCAUCGACCAGCCGGAGAAGUGCUCCGUCCAGGGAGGCAGCACCCCCGACCUGCUCAUUGCCGUCAAGUCCGUGGCAGUCGACUUCGACAAGAGGCAGGUGGUGCGUCGGACGUGGGGUCAGGAGGGGCUUCUGGGGGACGGGGUGACCGUCCGGACUGUGUUCCUCCUGGGCGUCCCCAGAAACCAGAGUGCCCUGCCUCUCUGGGACCGGCUGCUGGCCUACGAGAGCCAAACCUUCCGAGACAUCCUGCUGUGGGACUUCCAGGACACCUUCUUCAACCUCACCCUCAAGGAGACCCACUUCCUGCAGUGGGUCAACACUUCCUGUCCCGGCGUGCGCUUCAUCUUCAAAGGCGACGCCGACGUGUACGUCAACGUGGAGAACAUCCUGGAGAUGCUGAAAGGUCAGAGGUCGGACACCGACCUGUUUGUCGGCGACAUCAUAUUCAACGCCCGGCCGAUACGCCGGCGAAGCAGCAAGUACUUUGUGCCCGAGUUCAUGUACGGAGGGUCCAUGUACCCAUCCUAUGCUGGGGGCGGAGGCUUUGUCAUGUCUGGCUUCACGGCCUGCCGCCUCUCCUCCGCCUGCCAGCAGGUGGAGCUGUUCCCCAUCGACGACGUGUUCCUGGGCAUGUGCCUGCAGAGGAUCGGCCUCAAGCCCACGCGCCACGAGGGCUUCCGGACCUUUGGGAUUGUGCGGCCCUCCGCCGCGCCCCACCUGCAGGUGUUCGACCCCUGCUUCUACCGGGAGCUGAUGGUGGUGCACAGCCUGACGGUGCCGCAGAUCUGGCUGAUGUGGAGCCUCCUCCACGAUCCGAAACUCACCUGCCACUCGCGCCUGGCCCCUACACCCUGGCCCUUCCAGUGGAGGAGGAAGGGUUCACCCAUGGCUGGGGGCUCCCGGAAGCCAGAGGACCACGAGGAGCAGGAUUAUGGGGUACGAUGGGACAACUACAAGGUAUUUGUAAAGCAUUGAGGCCCCGCUAGGGGAGGCUGGCCCGGGAGGUGAGAGGCAGAGAGGAUGGGGGACGAGGUCCAGGGAGGA